AUAUAAUUUGCAUUGGAGGCGGUGUGGAACUACUACUUCCUGUGUGAAGGGUCGCCGCUGUUGACAGAAAUGGCGGAACAUGGGUUAUGUUUAUGUGGAAUAAUUCGAUUAUUGUGGUCUCUUCUGGUUCCAGGACUUGUGGUUUGUGUUGUAUUAACCGCUGUCCUAUUUCUUCUGCUUUUGGGAAUUCGGUUUUGGAUACAGCUCAAAAAGCAAGAUGGCAGGAAAUCGCCAGUUGUGGCGUUUUUCCACCCAUACUGCAAUGCUGGUGGAGGUGGCGAAAGAGUGCUAUGGUGUGCACUUCGAGCUCUUCAGUGCAGGUUUAAAGAUGCAAAAUUUGUUGUUUAUACUGGGGACAAAGAUGUUUCAGGACUAGAAAUCCUUGAUGGUGCUUACAGAAGAUUUAAUAUUAGGUUGCCUGCUCAGGUGGAAUUUGUCUUUCUUGAAAACCGUCAUCUUGUUGAAGCAAGUCUUUACCCCUAUUUUACUCUACUAGGACAAAGUCUUGGGUCAGUUGUUUUAGGAUGUGAAGCUCUUCUAAAGUGUACCCCAGAUAUCUACAUUGAUUCAAUGGGCUAUGCAUUCACCUUACCCAUAUUCAAGUUUCUUGGAAAUUGCCACGUUGGAAGUUAUGUCCACUAUCCCACUAUUAGUACAGAUAUGCUCUCUGUGGUUCGUAAUCGAAAUCCUCGUUUCAAUAAUGCUACAUUCAUUUCAAAAAAUCCCUUUCUUUCCAACAUUAAAGUUGUUUAUUAUUAUAUUUUUGCUUUUUUGUAUGGAUUAGUUGGUUCUUGUAGUGAAGUUGUAAUGGUUAAUUCUACGUGGACUAAAAAUCACAUUGUGGCACUUUGGGGAUGUAAUGACCGGAUUAGUAUUGUAUACCCACCUUGUGAUGUCCAGGCUUUCGUGGACAUUGAUCUUGAAACAGAGCCCAGGAUGAACACUAUUAUUUCAGUUGGUCAGUUUAGGCCAGAAAAGGAUCAUUCCUUACAAAUCAGGUCCUUUUGCAAAUUCCUGAAGAAAAUUCCUGAGGGACCAGAACAGUAUCAUUUAAUCCUGAUUGGUGGAUGUCGUAAUCUAGAAGACGAAGAACGGGUUUCUCAUCUUAAAAAGCUGUGUGAGGACCUAAAUAUUGCAGACAAUGUGGAAUUUAAAAUAAACAUCCCGUUUCAAGAAUUGAAGAGGCAUUUAGCAGAGGCAACAAUAGGGCUGCAUACCAUGUGGAAUGAACAUUUUGGAAUAGGCAUUGUGGAGUGCAUGGCAGCAGGAACAAUUAUCCUGGCACAUGAUUCAGGUGGACCAAAGCUGGACAUUGUGGUUCCAUAUAAUGGAGAGAUGACAGGCUUUUUAGCUGAUGAUGAAGACAACUAUGCUGAAGCCAUGAAACUCAUUUUUUCUCUAUCCCCGGAGGAACGCCAGGAGAUGAGAAGGCGAGCUCUGCAGUCUGUAAGCAGAUUUUCAGAUCAGGAGUUUGAGGGUUCUUUUCUAUCUGCAUCAGAGUCUCUAAUGGAGUUUGCUGGUAAUUGAUAGGUUGCUUGCUACCCUGUAUGAGAUAAUUCCACGAUCAUGCAGUUUAUGAAACUGAAAUGAGUUGAUGCGAAGUGAAUUGUCUACUUCAGACAGUUCUCCUUGGGAUUUGACUGGUCUGCAAAGAGUGAUUUCUGAAGUGAUUUGCCAUGGAUUUGCAGUCUACAAAGGGAGCAUUCCAGAAAGCUGCUUAGAAGAAUACUGUAGUAGUAUUUUGAAAAUCAACACAUUUCCAGCUCAACAUUUAAUAAUGGGUUAUUCCCUUAUGAAAUGGGUUUCCAUGAAGUAAUGUAAAACUACAUGUGUAGUCUAGCUGUCAAAAUGAAGAGAAAACAUUAAUAUGGCAUCUAAUAAAGCUGCUCAACCGAAAGUAGGUUAUCCUUAAAGUUUACAUUUUAUGGGGAAAAUAUAUGGUGUGAACCUGAAUACUUCAUUUUAUAUAUGAUUACAUAUCACAUUGUAUUUCAUCACUUUUAAUUAUGAGUUUCAAGAUAUCAGAUUAACAUAUAUAAAUUGAAUGAUUUCCAUCCUUUAAACAACAGCCAUUUAGAAACUGGACAUCUGGUAGCACUUUUAUUUUAGAACUUUUGAUUUUGACAAGCAAAAAAGUUCAGCACCAGCUAAGCUGCUAGAAAUUGACCUUUAAAAGCAUACAUGCCCAACUGUGCUCACCUUUCUUAGUCCUUUUUAAACUUUGUUGAGUUUGAUAUUAUUAUUAAUUUUAUACAUUAAUAAUGUUCUAAUAUCAAAGGGUAAUAAUGGGGUGCUUCAUUAACACUUAAACGUCUUAUUGUCCAAAAUGUAUUGGACCUCACUUAACCAAAAAUAUAUAUUUAAAAAUAAAUAAAUAAAUAAAAAUGUUCUAGUGUUUGGGAGCAACAGCUAAUAUGUUACCCUUCUGCUGAUGUAGCAAAGUAAUUGAUUUAUUUUUUUAUUGCUGUAAUGGGGUAGUACUAUAUCACUGGGAGACCAUUUUAUCUCUAAAGGAGUGUGUGUGUCUGUGUGUGUGUGUUUGCUUUUCUUCAUAAGCCUUCUCUAUCCUUCUGUAAUUUGUCAUGAAGUUUUUGGAAUUGUGCACUGAACAUGCACACCCUUUUUAUUCUGCUUGGUGUGUGUCAGGCAACAUUGGGAAGACAAAAAAGAAUGUAGACAUUGCUUGUUGCUAUACUUGUCUACACUGUAAGCGUAUUAAGGUGGAACUGCAGCAAUAUGCUUUGUUGUGUGCAGACAUGGGUGGAAAGUUCAGAAGCUGCAAAAAUGGUGCUGCUUCAUCAAGCGAGAAUUUGAAUUUGGGCUUUGUGAUACUUCUGUUGGAAAGGUGACACAGAAUGUGAAUCAUUAAAACUUGUCUCUGUGCACGUGUGGCACUUCUCUGGGGCCGAGCACAUUUUACAUCUCUAUCACAGCUUUCAGUAUGGUUAGGCUUUUUGUUUGAACCUUGUCUACUGUAUUUUAUUUUUAAUAUGCAGACCAGCUAUGUGUAUGUGUGUACACACAUAUACUGUAUAAUAUAUAUGCACAGUAUGUGUGUGUUGGCAUAUAUCUAGUAUGUAUAAUACAAAAACUUUGUUUCAAUCCGUAAUUUAUUCUUCCAGGCUAAUAAAUUAAAGAGAACUGAAUAUCUGGAUCAUUUGCUUUCUUGUCCAUGUUGUAGAUCACAAUUUCUUAAUGCUUUAUUAGAUUACUGUAUGUUUUUAUGCAGUAUAACUGUGGCACAAAUCAUACAGCUGGGGUCCCAUUUAAGGUUGAAUGUAUUAUUCAAACCUCCAUUUUAAAUACAAUUCUGUAAUGUGCUGAAAUUGCAUUAAACUUGUUAGUUUAUUACUUGUUA